CGGGUUUGGGCCGAGCCGGUCGCCGUACCCCGUCGCCUCCUCGCGCGCAUGCGGGGUAGCGAGGCCGCAGAGGGUGCCCGGCUGGCGGGGCGGAAGGACGUUCGUGGGGCAGCUCUGAGGAAAUACAAUCACCAUGUCUUCUGCACUGUUACCUAAGCCACAAAUGCGGCGCCUUCUGGCCAGGCGGAUGAAGAUUCACCUAUUUGGGGCAUUUUUUGUAUCUUUGGGAUGUGCGGCUUUAUACAAGUUUGGAGUUGCUGAGCCCAGAAAACGAGCUUAUGCAGAGUUCUACAAAAACUAUGAUCCCAUGAAGGACUUUGAAGCCAUGAGAAGAGCCGGUGUGUUUGAGUCUGCACCACCCAAAUGAUGGCAUCCUGCAUUUACAGAUACCCGUCAGUCUAAGGAGAUGUGGUGACCGAACCUUAUUUGUUCACUGAAUUGUAAGGUGUAAUGCACUUCAGUACAUGGCAAACUAAUGUAACUCAAAUAAAAUACAUCACAGUGGCA